GCAACAAAAUUCACCUCUUUGGAAACAUUUUCCUCAAGGAAACCCCGUCGCGGUUUGAUGAAGUCAUCAUGAAAAACACGAUACAGUACAGGCUCCACUCAGUCCACUGGUGUCUAUGAUAAAGUCAAGAGGGAGCGCCGAACUGGAGGCCAGUUUCACAAUGAUCCCACCGCAACCACCGGGAUCGCUCAUUCUCAUCGAUUGGUACCGGUCUGCUGACAGCAAGGAAUACUUCAAUCGAAUAAAAAACAAGAAGCAACGCAGACGUUUUGGUCUGCUUGAAGCUCCAGUGCUGCCUCCUCACCUGAGUGUGGAUACUGUUCGCUACAAGGUAUUUAUCUCAGGGAAGAGUGGUGUGGGGAAGACUGCUCUUGCUGCCCGGCUUUCUGGUCUGGACAUUCCAAACAUGCACUAUGAGACCACUGGAAUUGAGAGCACAGUGGUGUUUUGGCCAGUGAAGCUGAGAGAUAACGGGCAGGUGCUGUUCUUCCGGCUGCAGCUGUGGGACUGUGGGGAGAACGCCCUGCGCAGAUUCGACCACCUCCUUCCGUCUUGUAAGGAGCAGGUAGAUGCCAUUCUCUUCCUGUUCUCCUUCACGGACCGGGCCUCCUUUGAAGAUUUGUCCAAUCAAAUUGCUCGAAGCUCUGAACCUUCAGACAGUGUCGUAAAGUUGAUCGUGGGAACAAAAUUUGACCUUUUCAUGCACGCGGACGUAACGGACCAAGAUGUCAGGAAGUUUCAGGAGGUGUGGGGGCUGCCUGUGUUCCGCAUGGGGGCCGAUGUGGUUGGCGCAUUUGGGGAGGUUGCCCCCCUCCUCAAUGCCCUGGCAGAGAGCCUGUGGCAUCAGGACUGCAUGAUGGUCGGGGCAACACGCCCCAGCCCGGCCACUGGGACCGGGGCCGAGACCGGGAGUAUGACCAGAACCUGACCGCUGCCCAUACUUUCCAAACUGAACUUUGCUGUGAAGUGGCCUUCAGUGUGCGGACCUUCUGCGUGUCUGAGGCAGUAGAGCUGGGGAAAAACAGACCUCGUUCCAGUGUCCUUCUCUGGUGUUGACUCAGCUCUGUUCAUCCCGUGUUUGACUUUGUUUCAGUAGACGGAACCGGACGUGUUCCUGUGACAAACAUUCAACAGAGUGGAGCCCCAAAACUUCAGUGGCACUUGGAAGAGAGCUCACCCUAAAAUGUAACUUUCACAUUUCUAGCUAGAAACCUUCUGUCUCGCUAAUGUACAGUACUGUGCAAAAGUCUUAGGUACCCUAGAUUUUUAUAUAUACUCACCGAGCACUUUAUUACGAACAUUUUUACUUUAUUACAUCUACUUAUUUAGAUUAUCAAAUCCGCUAAUUGUGUGGCGGCAGUGCGAUGCAUACAUUCAUGUAGAUACAUCAGGAGCUUCAGUUAAUGUUCAUCAACAUCAACCAUCAGAAUGGGGAAAAUUUUUUAUCUAAGUGACUUUGACCGUAGAAUGAUUGUUGGUGGUGGACGGUGGUUUGAGUAUCUCAGAAAAUGCUGAUCUCCUGGGAUUUUCACACACGCUAGUCUUUAGAUUUUGCAAAUAAUGGUGCAAAAAACUUUACAGAAUCCAGUGAGCAGCAGUUCUGCAGACAGAAAUGCCUUGUUAAUGAGAGACGUCAGAGGAGGAUGGCCAGACUGGUCAAAGCUGACAGGAAGGUGACAGUAACGUAAAUAACCACACAUUACAACAGUGGUAUGCAGAAGAGCAUCUCUGAACACACAAUGCAUCAUAACUCUAAGUGGAUAGGCUACUGCAGUAUAAGCCUAGAAAAUAAGUAAUUGAGACCUAAAAAAUUGUGCUCGGUGAGUGUAUAUAUUUUUUGUUUUUAAUUUCUUUUUUCUUUUUUCUGCAUUAGUGUGUCAGUAGAAAAUAGCAAAUUACAGAUUUCCAUACAUUCAAUUAACAUAAAAAAUAAAAACAAAAAAUUUUUUGCGAAGCAGAAUGCUUUAUUUCAUUAAAUAAAGUAACAUAUUAAGCAGUAGACCACUUUUCAGUGAAACCUUGACAGAUACUGUCUGGGAUUUCCUGCCAAGCGGGUCAGUCAAAGUCUGCAUGAAACUGCAGGACAGCAUAGCUAAGGGAACUAAUGCAGUUUUAAACUUUUGAUUACAUUGUUGUACCUACAGUACUGUAGGUAACUAUAGAUCUACAGGCACCAUAAGUGACACUUUUAAACCUGCAUUUGAAACCAUUAUUAAAGUGCAGUUGAAUUUGCCUAUGUGUACUUUGGUAGUAGUUCUGCAUCCUGUAUCACAGUUGAUUUACAAAUCACUGUUAAUGCUACAUCAUUUAAUACAGAGUAAUGCAUUUUAAUGAAUUCAUGAAAUUUAUUUUAUUAGUUGUAGAUGGUUGCACUCCCACCUGUUGACUGGUGUCCUGUCCUGUAAAUGACAGCUUGGAAGCUGCUCCCAUCACAGUAUGAGAAUCUGGCAGGCUGGAGGCCAAAGAUCUGAAUCUCCAUUUCUUUCUGUCCCAAAUAAGAGUCUUUAGAUAUGGUUUUCUACUUAACAGGAAACAUUACUUGAACAUUUUAAUUUAAGUAAUAAUUUAGUUAUUUUUGGAUGAAUGAUGUUACA